AUGUCGUUCUCCAUGGCCAACAGUAUUCCUCAGGCCAGUAUCAAACACCUCCCCGAUGAAUUACUUCUUCAAAUCAUCCCCUAUCUCGUAGUUGAGCCGCGCUUCGACCGAAGCGCCUAUGGAAACCUAACGGCCCUCGCCGCCGCGAACACUCGCUUCCCUAGAGUAAUUCGAACUAGCUUUCACGAGCUCAAAGCACUUACUGUUCCACUCCCGAAAGCGUUCGCCUUAUUUCGAACGCUCCGGGAUCUUCCCGCCAACAAAUGGGCGGAUAAAGUCAAGUCUCUUGAAGUCACAAACUAUGUAUCUCCUGAGGCUCGAGAAGCAAACUAUGGUGGCGAUGAGGAUGGCUGUAUGCAAAAGCCCUGGAACAGUGCCCGAGAAUUUCAUCUUCGGCGUAGCUUGCAUGCUGGACUCCUACAAUACGUGGAUGCGCAACGCCGGUCAAGAAUGCCGUCGAGGCAGUUCGCUAUCGAGGCCGAGGUCACUUUCCGAACAGAUUGCCUAAACACCAUCCGGGAGACUGAGGUUGCUAGCGACCGUAACAAGCGGAUGUGGGCAGACGCGCUCCGGUCAGGUCACAAUAACGCUUUCCUUGCUCUGCUUCUCCUAGCACUACCGAACCUCGAGGAACUCCUUCUCGGUGGCGGCCAUAUAUUGCACUAUCCAAUGUUGCUCAGGGACGCAGACCCCUGGCAAGGACCAAUGAGCCCACAGAUUGAUGGUCGCUGCCACUGGACCAAUGACCCCUCGACGCAACAACUGCGAGAACACAAGUACCUCGCUCAAGUCUUUGAAGCAAAGUACCCGCGACUCACCAAGCUGGAGCUGCCAUCCUCAUGGAAGGGUAUAACACUCUCUCGCGCUGCCCGAAUCUCGCCCAUUUACUACCAUUUUGAUGAUCUACAGACGCUGAUAAUUCCGGAGUCUGCGCUCCCACCUAGUCACGUUGUGCGGACGAACGGACUAUUCUUCUCGGCACUGCCGGUGACACUCAAGUCUUUGACCAUUGUCGACUGUACCGGCCUUACUACGCGGUUUAUGGAACACUUGCUGAACCAAAUCGACGUCGUUCCGACCGCUUAUCUUCCAGAUCUGCGCUUCAUCAGCAUAUACUACAUCGGCGACCGCCUAGACCUGAUGUUCGGAUCCGCAGACAUCAUAUACGCGAAAUCACUCAGAAUCGAGAUGAACGUUUUUUUUUUCUUGAGGAACAUAGAUCCGAUGGAGACCUUAGUUGCCUCAGAUGUAGGAGGUCAACCACGGAAAUUGAGUACAGAUGAGUUAUCUGGAAACGCGAUAAUAUCAGCACUGGAAAGAAACUUUUGCGAAGUGGCUGGACAUUGGGUAGGGAGCAAGCGAAAAUUGGGUCUUCCUGCUGGUAAAGCGAAGGAACAUUUCCGAAAUCGUCGUAGCUAG